UACGUUCGGACGGGCGGUCGGUCGGAACUUCUUAAAAUCAUUUCGAACUAAUCAUGUCUUUGUUUUUUAUUGGUUGAGUCUGAUUUCAGCGCGUAGCCCUCCUUUGGAUAUUAAACAUACAACGUGAACACACACACAUACAUACAUACGUACCUAUUCAUACAUAUGUACAUAUACCAACGUGUGCACAUACAUACAUAUGUACAUACUACACAAAGCCGUGCACACACUUUACUCAGGUAGGACAUGAGUGCCAGUGAAAAGGGCGUUUGCUGCACUAUUUGCUCGGAGCGAUAUAUGGCUGCGGAUGAAAUUCAUGCGGGGACUUGCGGACAUGUCUUCCACUGGCAAUGCCUGAAGCGCUGGUUCGAUGAGUCGUCUACAAAACGUUGCCCCAUUUGCCGCUGCAGUAGCUCCACAUAUUUCAAGAUUUUUCUUGACUUCGAAGAUAAGGGGUCUGGGGCGGAUCGGCAAAGCAGCAGUACCAGCAGUGAGAGUAGCACGAGCAGCCUUAGAAGGCCCAGAAAUACUGAACUAGCUGAACCGCCCGCAAAUGUAAUGUCGGAGUACGAAAACUUGUUGUAUGAGACAGGUUUGUACCGUGACGAGAUCGAAUAUCUAAAUUCCCGCAUUGCUGACUUAAUGGAACGAAUAAAUCUCGACGACUGAUCUUAGAAUGCUUCAAUAUGUAUGCACAUACAUACAUACAUAUGUACAUACAUGUACAUCCACACUAUGUGCCACAAGAUCAAUGCUUUUCGGGGAAUCACACCAAAUGGUUCACAUUUUAAUCAGUGAUCGCUUACUUUUAGCAAUAUUAGCAGUUUUAGGUGCUCUUAAGUGCACUCAUUUGAACUCAUUUUAGAACGUAACUUUUUUAUUACUAUUAUUUUUUUAAAGGACGUUUCUGUCCUCAAAUUUGCAGUGCACAAGUAUUUUAAACCUUUUUAAAUACCAACUCGAAUUAAAUUAUUAGA